CUAAAAAUCUGAAAGUGUCUUUGUUGUCGUCGUGCGUCAAAUUAUUCUGUAUGAGGUUCAGCAUUUCAGCUUUCUGAGAAUAAGUACUACCCUCUAGUAAUGUACAGUACUUGAAUAAUAAUUAUAGGAUCAAUUGUUGAAUUCUCCUGCAUGAUAAACUUGUUUUUGUUAGAUAAAUUGGUUCUAAAUGAGUGAAUCUGAAUUAAAAACAGAUGAACUGUCGAUUCUAGAACUGCUUUUUCUAAGUGCUACUAAUUUAAAUAAAUUUAAAUGGGAUGAUCUCCUAGAAUUGUUUAAUUGCGACUACUCGGAGAGUCAAGAAAACCAGUUGAAAAUACUCGAUGGAACAGUAAAUCAUCCUCUUGUCAAGAAAUAUCCGUUAAAACUUUCCUACCAACAAUACUUCUUGAAGUUGAUUGUAAAGAAGUUGGAAGCGAGAGGAAUUGAGGUAUCGGAGCAGCUUUAUCAGAAAUAUGUUGAACUACUCAAUAAAGAUGCCAAUGAAGAAGCUGGAAGCUAUCAUUAUAAACAUUACAGAUUACCAAAUGGAAAUUACAUAACAUUGUCGGAGAAGUCUAGCAUUAUAUCUCAAGGAACAACUGGCCUUUGCAGUUGGCAGGGAGCUCUGGCUCUAACCAACUGGUUAUGGGAGAAUAAGUGUCUCAUCGAAGGAAAAACCAUCCUAGAACUCGGCUCAGGCAUUGGAUUAGCCGGUUUGUCACUCAUGUCUUUCUGUCAGCCCUCUCACUUCUAUUUCUCAGACUGCCAUCCGGAAGUGUUGAAACAGUUGCAGACAAAUGUGAAACUGAAUUUGGAACAGUUGCAUUCCGGUACUUACAGUACAGGCAGAUAUUUUUAUUGUUUUUCGUCUGCUUUGAUAAAUCACAAGCUUUCAUGGAACGCUCUGCUAUGA